GUAUCUGUCAGUCAGCUUCAGCCCAAAGAGGGGCAUCAUAGAGAAAGAGAGCCUGAGUGGGGAGAAAGACUUUGGAGGAAUCACAUCUCAGCACCGACUGAGAUCUUGCGGACUCCGUCUGAACAUUUUCUGACGUCGAGCAACAAACCUUUCAGAUCUGAUGGAUUAUUUCUGAUUAUUUUUCAUUACGGGUUAUUGGAACUCAUUGUCUCAGUUGGACAGACAACAAGCUACUGGUUCGACAGACAGCGAUUGCUGAAGAGAGGCAUCGAGGUUCCUCGCGGACAUGAAGACCCUGGAUGAGCCCCCAUAUCUGACGGUGGGCACCGACGUGAGCGCCAAGUACCGAGGGGCUUUCUGUGAGGCCAAGAUCAAGACUGCCAAGCGUCUGGUCAAGGCGAAGGUGACCUUCAAGCGGGACGCAUCGACUGUCGAGGUGCACGAUGAGCACAUCAGAGGGCCUCUGAAGGUGGGUCUUGUGGUAGAGGUGAAAAACCAAGAUGGAGUCUACCAGGAGGCCACCAUAAACAAACUGACGGAUGCAAGCCUGUACACUGUCGUGUUUGACGACGGUGAUGAGAAGACCCUGAGGCGAUCUUCUCUGUGCCUAAAAGGAAAACGUCAUUUUGCAGAGAGCGAGACACUUGACCGGCUCCCUCUCACCAACCCAGAGCACUUCGGGACGCCAGUCAUCGGCAAGAAGACCAAUCGGGGCCGACGCUCCAAUCCUAUUCAAGAAGAGGAGUCGUCAUCGUCCUCCAGUGAGGAGGAGGAGGGGGACCAGCGGCAGAACGAUGACCUGUUUGGCAAGGUGGUGUGUGUGGAGGCGGUCACCACGGGAGACAAGAAGAAGGCAUCCUGGUACCCUGCCCUGGUCAUUUCUCCAGACUGCCAUGAAGACGUGGCAUUGAAGAAGGACAACAUUUUCAUCCGAUCCUUCAAGGAUGGAAAAUUCACCACUGUUUUACGGAAGGACGUCAGAGAACUGGAUGAGGAGUGGACACCCAAGGUGGACUCGGCUCUGAAAGCAGCUCUUGAGGCAGCGUGGGACUUUAAGCGGAGCGGUGCUGUCCCCAGCAGCUGGCGGACGGAGGUGAAGGACGAGAGCUCCAGCAGCGAGGAAGAUGAAGACGAGGAGGAGGAGGAGCAGGAUGACGAUGGCAGCAGCGAAGAGGAAGAGGAGGAAGUGGAGCCUUUCCCAGAGGAGCGAGAGAGUUUUCUUCAACAGUUGUACAAGUUCAUGGAGGAUCGAGGGACACCCAUUAACAAGAGACCCGUACUCGGCUACAGGAACCUCAACCUCUUCAAGCUCUACAGGCUCGUGCACAAACUCGGAGGUUUCGAUGAUAUUGACAGCGGCUCUGUGUGGAAGCAGGUGUAUCAGGACCUGGGCAUUCCCGUCCUCAACUCCGCCGCAGGAUACAACGUCAAGUGCGCCUACAGGAAGUACCUGUAUGGCUUUGAGGAGUACUGCACCUCCACGGGCAUCACCUUCCGCAUGGACCUCCCUCUGAAGGGGGACAAGCCGCCCGCCGCCAAGGCAGAGGGCAAGCCGGCCGCCGCCGCCGAGCAGGGAGGACCAGGGAGCGGCAGUAGCCGGGUUACCCCAGCGAAGCACACGGGCCCUGGGGAGGAGCACAGGCCUGGCAAGGACAGGGAGUCCAGUAGCACCACAAAGCUAGCCAUAAAGGAGGAGAGAGCAGACGUGGGCGGCCCACACCAAAACGCAGACAGGGCAGCUGAGAGCAUCCACAAGACGCUCACGAAAGAGGAGCCCCACCGGGAUGAGGAAGAUGAUGAUGAAGAUGAUGAUGACGACGAAGAGGAGAGGAAAGGCAAAAACGGAAUGGGCCACAGGCGGAAGACGGAACUGGGAGGAGAGCGCGGAGAGCAUGGCGUGAAAACGGAGCUCUACGAGUCGGAUAACAAGGAUCUGUCCGGGGCUGACAGCAGCUGUCAGGAGGAGGAGGAGGAGGAGGAGGAGGAGGAGAUGAUGGGGGAGGAGGAGGAGAAGGAGAAGGAGGAAGGGGAAGAGUUAAAGUGUUACGCCCCUGGGAUGAAGGUGCAGGUGAGGUAUGGUCGAGGCCGCGAGCAGAAGACGUACCAAGCCACAGUCAAAGAGUCAGACCUGGAGGGGAAAGAGGUGCUCUACCUGGUGCACUACUGUGGCUGGAACAUCAGGUAUGACGAAUGGGUCAAAGCGGAUAAGAUUGUGCGGCCAGUCAACAAGAAUGUACCUAAAGUGAAGCAUCGCAAAAAAAUAAAGAACAAAACGGAAAAGGAAAGAGACAGAAUAGAGCGACUGAGCGACAAAGAGGAUAUGACGCCCUCUAAAAAUAACCGUGUCAACCGAUCGUCAAAACCAAACGCCAGCAGAGAUGUUUUCCCAAAGAUGGGAGACUGCGACGACAAAGGUUCGGAGACCUCCUCGGACGAUAGCGAGAGGGACGAGGACGAGGCUGCCAAUGACCGCCUGGAGGGUCCGUCGGGCCGCGGAAGUCACCGGAAGGGCCACCCUUCCUCCUCCCCACACCACGCACUGGAGCGCUGGGAGGGCGGCUCCCUGCCAGCAGGCGUCUUCAAAGGCUCUUCGACAGCCUCGGCAGCGAUGGCGGCUGGAUCGCCGGCCAGCGCCAAAGAGGCGGCCUGCUGCCAAGAAUCCCCCGAGCUGGGCCCGGCCGCUAAACGCCGGGGGCCCUUCGAACCCGAGACCGCCGAGAGUGGACAACGCAACAAGAGGAAGUCUGAAGGUACCCCGGCGGAGCGCACCCCAAAGAACCAGGUGGCGAAGAGAGAGUCGAAGCCCCGGAGCAGCAGGACUGGAGGGGGAGACUGGCUGCCCAGCGGCACAUCGCCCAAGAAGCCCGGAGGAGAGGACCGGGAGCGGGCAUCGCUACAGGGGAGGGCCGACGCCUCCAGCAGCAGCUCUGAGGACGAGAGCAGUAGGAGCCGCCCCACCGCCGGCGCCGAAACCCCUGCCAAGGACGGCUCAACCUCUUCGUCGUCAAGGGGGCACCCCAAAACCAAAGCCUCCCCCACCAAGAAGUACAACGGCCUGAAGGAGAAGUCCAAAGGCGGCGGCGGCGGCGGCGGCGGGCGCUCGUCGGCAUCCUCCUCUUCCGCCUCCUCGGCCUUCUGGGAGAUUCCAGAGAAGCGGGCCAAGUUGGCGACGUCUUCGUCGUCGUCGCCGUCGGGGGCGGCGGCGGGUGGCGAGGAGCGUCCCAUGGGCUGCCGGACCAAAGGCCAGAAGGACGUGUGGUCCAGCAUCCAGCCCCAGUGGCCCAAGAAGACCCUGAAGGAGCUCUUCUCCGACUCGGACACGGAGGCCCAGAACUCGCCCCCUCCCCCGACCGCGGAGGCCGGCCCGGACGAGUGUGGCGACGACGCGGACCGCGACACCGAGGCCGAGCCUGACGCGGAGAACGAAGCCAUGGAGGAGGAGGAGGACAUGGAACACGCCGAGGCUGAGGAGGAGGUGGAGAUGGAGGAGGACAAGAUGGAGGAGGAAGAGGAGGAGGAGGAGAAGAUGCGGGAGGAGUACCCCUGCAGCAGCGGCAGCAACUCUGUCCUCAACACGCCGCCCACCACCCCCGAGUCCCCUGCCCUCAGCAGCAGCGGCGGCAGCGGCAGCAGUGGGGGUCCCCUGGAGAACCCCAGUCGGACACCAGCCACCACCUGCAGCAGCAGCAGCCCCGUGCUUACCCCCUCUGCACCCACCAUGGCCCCGUCCACCACCACCACCACCACCACCACUGCCACCGCGGCCUCCAACUCGGGGUCCCCUGUGGCAGUGGGGUCCCCAUCGGCCGUGGGGCCGCUGCUGGUGGAUGAGAGCCGGCUAGGCCGCAGCGAGUCGGACAGCAGCACGGUGGAGGUGGAGAGUCUCGGGGGCGAGCUGCAGGAGAUGGAGCGAACUCCCCUGCAGGAGGAGGAGGAGGAGGAGGAGGAGGAAGAGGAGGAGGAGGAGAGGGGGGCUGGUUCUCCCUCUCCACCCUCCAAGGCAGCAGCGGCGGCGGUGGCGGUGGCGACAGUGUUCGACCCUCUCAGCCUCUCCUGCAACAGUAACAGCAACUGCAGCCUGGAGCUCAGCAACAGCAGUCAGCAGGAGAGCGAGCAGAAAUCCAAAGCAGCGUCGGCCGGUCAGAAGCGACACAAAGACUCCCAAGGCGGCAGCGGCGUAAUAUCAAAGAAACACAAGAGGAGCCAUAAGAGCAUGGGCCUGCAUCCCAAGAAGAACAGGAAAACAGCUCACAGCAGUGAUAGCGAGGACCAGUCGGUCAGCGAGGGCGCCUCCAAGUCACCCACCACCAAGCCCAGCCCAUCGGACCUGAAGUGCCCGGGCAGGACCCCUCCCUCGGGCCACCACAAGUACCACAAGCACGGGGACGCAGAACACACGCACCAUCGGGACCACCAGGGGCGCUCCGCACGCGUCUACAAGUGGAGCUUCCAGAUGUCCGACCUGGAGAAGAUGUCCAGCUUGGAGAAGAUAGCAUUCCUGCAGGAGAAGCUUCAGGACAUCCGCAAUCACUAUCUCUCACUCAAGUCAGAAGUGGCAUCCAUUGACCGAAGACGAAAACGCAUGAAAAAGAAGGAGCGGGAAACAGGUGCAGUGGCAGCUUCCUCGUCCUCGUCCUCCUCUCCGUCCUCCAGCUCCCUGACGGCAGCCGUCAUGCUCACCCUGGCCGAGCCCACCGUCUCCAGCUCCUCACAGAACUCUGGCGGCAUGUCCGUGGAGUGCAGGUGACAGGAAGUGAGCCUCCUGCGGACACAAGCAAGCCGGGCGCUCUGAGCACUUAACCAACCAGCACCAGGGAGGGGCCUGCCCCUGACUUUGCCCUCCUCCUUCUCCUCCUCCUCCUCCUCCUCGCUCACCCUGACAGGACAGGACCGGACAGGACCGGACAGGACAAACACAGGACAGACCCAACACAAACCCAACACAAACGCUGGGGGCACAACAACAGCAAACUGACCGGAAUCAAGAAGAAAGAUUAAAAGAAAACCUGAACAAGCACUAUUUUCUAUUGACAACUGUUUCCUCGGCAAGCUAAUUGCACUUAAGUGCACUUUUACUCAACGACAGACAUUUGGGGGGUGAACACCAGGAGAAAAAAAAGUACAAAGCUGUUUUUUGUUUUGUUGUUGUUGUUGUUCUGAAAUGUUCUUUUUAAGCAAUAAGUAUGUCCAUUGAGUGUUCUGUAUUUUGUUUAAAUUUCCUUAAAGGAAUAGGCCUGCCAGCACUGUCUACACAAAUGCCCAUGAAAUCAUUCAAGACUUCGGAACUUAAGCAGUGCGACCAUAUUCCUAUAAGUAGAACAUAGAACAGUGCUAUGUUUUCCUUUUUAGCCUUCCAUCUGCUAUGAUGAUGUAAUGUAAUAUGCCCAACCAACCUCCACAGAAAACAAAAAUCAAUACAGAUAAUAAUCAGAUCCCAAUUUCUAUGAGCGGAGCAAAAUCCCAUUUAAGUAGCAGUGACUCUAAAAUAAAGCUCGAGUCACAUCAUCCAAUUCUUUGGAGAGGCGAAACAUAGAGUGCCAGGGCUUUAGAGGUGUGUUGUGUUGUGUAGCAAAAGGGGGCAGGGGGGAGUUAAUUCACUGACAGCCAAUAAAGUGGAUGAAUAUUGAGCAAUGCUAUAGUGCCUUGUAGGUUCCUCUCCGUGGGCACUUUGAGGAAACGAUGCAAAGACAGUUUCGAAUGCUUUUGGACGUCCGAUCCGUGGCGGCUCUAGCGUAUCGGCCUUCAUAAAGCCUGUGUUAAGAGUUAAAUGGUGCUGCUGUGUGUGCAUCAUUUCCUGUCCCUGCCGCUCUUCUCCUUACAGCAUGGACUGUAAUGUUCAUUCCCGUCACAAACGAAAACUCAGAAUUCUGAGUUGUGUCAAAUUGGAACUCUUGCCUUAUGAAUGUCAGUUGAUGUAAUAUAUACGUAUAUAUAUAUAGCGUGUCAUUUAAAGCUUAAAUGAGCCUUAUGAAGAUCUUAUACAGAGGCCCAUGACCUUCAUGUGCCACCCCUGUAUUGGUCCCUGUUCACUCUUCAGACUAAGACAUGUGCUUGUCUUGUUUACAAAAGACUGAAGUACCUGGGCAUGAUUUGAUUUGUUAGCCUGAAGGUGAUCAUGGUUAAACGGACUAAUGUGGAGGGGGGUAAAAAAAAAUCAACACUUUGGCAGCCAAAUUUGAUGUUUCUUACUACUGAAUUUUUACACAGCCCUGAGCAGAGGGGGCCUAACAGUAAAGUGGCAGUAUUUGGAUGUGCAAUGACGCCGGAAGCGACCGAUGUAUUAGUAUUGUCUCGAUUUAGAAGAUCACGGUUAAAAGGACUGUGGUCUGUUCCACAUGUAGCCUUUUCUUUUCAUGUCUUCCCUUUUGAUUUCCUCCCUUUCAUUUCUGUUGUCGUUUUGUUUUAGGAAAGUCAUCGUACCCUCUGACACUCCAUGUUUUUGUAUUAUCGCCCACCCACCAACAAAGCACUUCUUCAUGACAGCAUCAGACGUUGUGUGAAAAGGGGGUUGUGACUGUGGCCUAAUAUUCACAACAGUGGACUGAGUGGCAAAAAAGUAUGACUGGAUAUUCUGAUUGUAAGUUCUGAUUGUUGUUGACAUGUUGUGAUCCAACAUGUGUGAUGUCUUUUGUAAUCCCUCCUGCAGUCUUCUUUACUCUUUACCCUUUUUUUUCUUCUGUGCCCGAGAAUGGAGGGAAUCAGUUAAGGAGUAAAGCUCUGUUGAUGUUGAGAACAGAGAACCGCCCACUGCUCUUUACAAGACGAACACCUCUCCUUUACAACUUUGUAAAAACCAAGAUAAGAGGAUUACAAUGGUGGUGCUGUGUUAAAAUUGUGGUUCACACUUCUUUCCAAAAAAAAGAGAGAGAAAACAACUAUGGUUUUGGUUAGUAAAUUCUAACCACAAAAACGGUUACAAUAUUUUUCGCGUGGAAUUGUCAUGAGCAAGGUUACCGUAUGUGAAUGAAAACUGAGGAAAUCUCUAAACUCUCCUUUGUAUAGACUCCCUGAUGUAUCAUAGCCUAAAGGUCUGUUCCGUCUGCCACUUGUAUGUAACUGUAUGCCUUUGUUAUACAUUUGUAUAUUGAGAAGUGUGUUUUAAGUCAAGCUAUUUAAUAUCUUGUACCAUGUACUUUUUUCUGUACAGGCAGUUUUAUCGUUUCAACUGUAGUUGCUGUGUACACUUUGAAGGUUAAAGCAUGUGUUUCUUUAUCUUUUCUCCUCCUUUCUUUCUUUCUUUCUUUCUUUCUUUCUUUCUUUCUUUCUUUCUUUCUUUCUUUCUUCCUCUUCCCCUCUUUGUCUUUAUUUCUUGUAUUGAUUUUAUUUCCCUGACGUGAGUCCCGUUUGAGUUCAUACUUUGUUUGUUUUUCAUAUUUCCACAGCACAUGCUUUCUCAGUUUCUGGUUUUUGUUUAUUUUCUUGUUAGGUUAGUUGUGCUUGUUCUAGAUGCCUUUUGUGUUUUACCGUGGUUUGAAAAAAAGUAUUUUCAAAUAUGUACAUGGGUUGUAAAGUUUAUGGUUCUUUUGAAAAAAAUAUUGACAGGAUAAGCGUGUGAGAAAGAGAGAGAGAGAGAAAG